CAACCAUCGGCCGCUCGCCCUUCGCAUGCAGGGAGUUAGCGUUGACCUAUUAACAUGUCUGUCGCGAUCCCUGGCAUUGCUGGUUGUUGACAGCCUUGAGGGCUUACUGCCCCUUUGCAUCUUUGUGGCGAUCUCGGGACGACAGCUUGAACACUUCGAUGGUGUAGAGCACGAACGACUCGCUAAUUACCGUCGGUAGAGACCACACAAUGUCCGCCGAGGUCGAAAGACCAAGCAGAAAGGGUAUCAAAGGUCGUCGGAUUGAAGGUCGCCCUGGCCGGUUUGACCCUUCGGAGCCUUUGCAUAUGACAACCCGCAGAGCCGCAAGGUCCGGCCCUAGUCACGAUCCGCCUUCCACCAACGGCUCUGUAGAAGGAGACUCAAGUCCGCAUGGUUCAGUGGACGUCGGCCAGUGGACUCGCGGACCCUGGACGCUCCCCUUCGAAUACGACCCACCUACAAUUGUGGGAGGAGACUAUGUUCCGCAAUGUGCAGUGACCGCCGCUCACCGGGUUUGCGUACCUGCGACAUCGCAAGUUGACUACAUUCCACCUUCCAUCAACGGCUCUAUUAAAAAGAACUCAAGUCCGCACGCUUCACCAGACGACGCAUCAAGACCGACCACUCUUCACAACCAGCCAGACCAAGCCUCUCCGGAUGCUAUGCGGGCUGUCGGACCCAUUGACAAUGAGUCUUCAACACAACACAACCAACAGACUGUUUCACCUGCGCACCGUGUGGAAGAACAGGAGGAUGAUCUAACGACUGCGCCUCUUUUCACUCCGGCCGAGCAACCCGUGUACAGUCCACGCAAGAGAAAGCGAUCCUCGCCUUCGCCACCAACGAUGACGAACGCUUCGCUUACAGAGUCUUUACCAUCUGCACCACGAGAGGCGACACCAGAAGCCGAUCAUUAUGCGGAGCCGUCCCAACAAGACGGAAUUGCUCAGGGUGAGGUCGAUGAGGUCAAUGAUGUCGAAGUGACUGAACCAUACCUCGUUGACGACGGCGGUACUGACGACGGGGCCGAUACGGUGUACGACUUGACUGUCGGGGAAGACGCACAUAAUGCCAUCGAUGUGCCAUCCGUCGAGAACACACCGGUCCGUUCCAAUAGUGGCUCGCCCGUCUCUAUCGCCACUGACUCAACUGAUGUGGAACUACUGCCUCCGCCUGAUGACCCAGAAGACGUCACCAUGCUGGAUAACGAUGUGAAUGUCGCAGCGGAAGCAGUGGACGUGGAAGAUGCGAUUGAGAAUAUUGACGGUGUCGCGGCGAACGGUCAGCGUCCCAAAAGAAAGUUCGGCGGCAAGCGGAGACGAGCAGCUCACCAGAAUCUCAAUGUCGAGAUGGCUAUGAGACGGCAACUUGAGCUGAAGAGGAUGUACCGUACGAUUGCUCGCGAGCUCAAGACUAUGCUGGGUGAAGUCGCAGGCCGUGACCUGGACCAACUGCAAACGAACGAACAGCAUCAUGUGGAAGCUUCCGAACACGAGCACGUGAUAGCAGGCUUGGACCAUGCACUUGCAAGGCGGAAGGCUUUGAUACGGAACCAACACAACCUCGAUCUUCGUCUCCUCAAGCAGAAGCAACAGUACGAAGGAGAGGUGCGCAGAAGUGCGUGCCGCAUUGUGAUGGAGAAUGCCAAGGAUGCUGCUUUACACCGCUUGAUGCACGAUAUGUUGGUCAUCGGUCGGGAGUCUCACAUAGCAGAGUUUGACAUGGAUGUCGAAACGGAAGACGAAGACGAUAUCAUUCCGCCACCCAAGCACAUGAGCUACGGCUUUAAACGAGGAGAUCCAGUCGGCGCUGAGUGCGACUCUCGCAGCCGUCUCGCCAUCGAGACGGAGCACGCUGUCGACAAUCUUCAACGGCGCUUGAUGAUGGCCAACAUGUUGCGUGAGUUGUCAGCUCGCGAGCAGCCUCCACCGGACGACUUCUUUGCAAUUAUGGAUGAUACGCGCCGGGAGGUCGCAAGCCUACGACAUGAAGCUGUUGCAAACACCAAACUGCUCGCUAAUGCUGCCACGGAAGUCGAGCUUGUCGCCAGUCUUACCAUUCCGAAUGAGCAAGCUUUCGGCCUGCAGCAGCUUGCGGAUCUGUGCAUGCGGCCAUCGAUCAUCGCACCCGCCCACAAGCAGCCCGCUGUAUCGCCUCGCAAGCCUACUGUUCCCAGGACACCGAAACGAUCAGCGCCGCCACCUAUUGUUCCACCACCAGCGACCCAGUCGAUCACGGUUGAGCUCUCGCCACGAACUAGGCAGUACUUCCGUGAUAGGUUCGAGAAGGAUAUGCCUCCUCCGCUGACACCGCGGCAACCGGAUACAGUUCCACGGUCACCAAUAGUCACACCGGGCCACCAUCAAAUUCCACCUUCACCUGUUAGAUCAGCCAACAAGACCGCCGGCGUGCCACCCCUGACUCCGACGCGGCGCGACUCCGAUCGCCAGUCAAACGUCUCUAGAUCUUCGCUGCAGUCGAGAGGAGAACACCACCACGAUCGAAACCAGCACGGCUUUACCGAGAUCACGCAGUCCCCGCGGUCAGCCACGCGUCCGGAGCCAGACCACAUCUACGCACAUGCGCUUGCGGGUGCGUUUGACCGGCGCGCGCGGACAAGAAGUCUGGACGAACAACCAUCGUUUGACUCCCGUUUUGCACCCAACGCUUUCGGAAGACCAGACGCCUCACCCUUUCCAGGGAAUGAGGAGCUGGACAGAAUGUUCAACCCUGAGAGAUACGGACCGCUUUCGCAAUUUCGUCGCCCACAGAUGGUUGAGCGACCAAGAAGCCCCGAGCAGAAGGCGUUCAUACCAUUUCACCCAGCUAUACCAGCCGAUAUACAACCGAAGCCGGAGGCUGAUCGGUCACUGAUACCACGCUCGCGGCAAUCAUCGGUCAGUGUCAAGGACGAGGCUCAAUCUGAGGCUGGUGACGGCAAAGGCACACGCAACUUCGUUUUCAAGCAUCACAGGAAGCCGAAUAAGGAACAAAGGAACGGUCUGCCUCGCCGCAAGCGCCAUCGCAGCGGCAAAGAGGCAUUUGAGCACUCGACGCCCCGUGAGCGAGCUCAGAGCACGCAGCAGAUCGCUAGCAGACUGCCACCAUCAUCGCAAGCGUCAUACCCACCGAGCCCGGUUGAUGGGUAUGGACCUCCUAGGCCGCAAUGGCCAGGUCCGACCAUACAACCGAACGGCAUCCCACCACAAUCGCAUAUGCCACCGCCGCCCCGUCUGCCGCAGCAUGAGCCACCUCCGCAAGACUAUCGCCGAGACACGCAUGGUUCCGGUCAGUACCCACAACAUCGCAACAGCUUCCCCUUACCACAGCCCCCACGACCGUGGGACCGACCGUCUCCAAGCCCGCUCUUCGCGAUCCCACAACGACAACAACCUGCCCCAAACGGUCCUCCGCCGCCAUCGCCAAACUUCGACCGCUACCUCGACCGUCGUCACGGCUACCCCACCCCACCACUCCCACCCUCACAUCACGGAGAGUAUCAACACCAACACCAGCAUCAGCAUCAGCAUCAACAUCACCUACCUCUCACGCCGCAACAGCCACCGACCUCAGCGGGCUACGGGCAGCAAUACGGAGGUCAAACCAUAGCACCUGCGAUCCCGGACCCGCGUCUGCACCCCCCGGGCUUCCGACCAGCGCAACAUGACUUCCCGCCGGCUUUUGCGCAGGCCCAGACGCAGCAGCGGAAUCCGAAUCCGAGUCCUGAUGGGCAGAGGAGGCGGGCGCAGAGUGACACUCAUUCGCGCUCGACGAGCCAUUGGAGGUCUUAUCCCGGGCCGCCGCCGAGUAAGCGGUGAGAAGCUAUCAUCUAUGGUUCUCUUUCGGUAGGCAGGAGGGGAUCAAGUUCUCAGAUAUUGAGCGUGUGUCAAGGGCGUCGGGAAGAUUGCACUUCUUACCACAGCUACUACUGCUGCAUUUCAAUACCCUACGCAAAAUGGCUGGGAUGGGACACAGACAUUCUUGUAUCGAGGCUGUCACCGGCAUGGUGGCGGAGGGGGCAUGGCUUGAGCUAGCCUGUAAUCUGUAUUACUACCUUCAUCACACGGGCCCAACACAGACAAUCUCCCCAGACUU